AUGACGAUCUCGAGCCGACUGCUGGGCGCGUGCUUGGCCGCGCUGAUGUCCCUGUCGCUCGCUGCGGAUGCUGUGGACAUGAAGCUGGUGUCGUCGCGAGUGGCGCUGACGGAGGGGGCGCUGGAGGUGGCAGUCGUAGUGACGCCGAAGCAGCCGAAGCUGAAGCAGUUGACGCUCGAGACGCUCGUGGACACGUCCGGCGCCAAAGUACUGUCGGGACUGACGCUCAAGGGAGACGGGAGCAAGUUCGUGACAAAGCUGGCAGGAGACGAGAAGCUGAAGGCGGGAAUGUACAAGCUCCGUGUAUCGGCCAUGGACGUGGACACUAAGCAGAGCACGCACCAAGUGCUGCAGCUUAAGGUGACGACGUCCGUGGACGUGGCAAGCGCCAGUGUGAAUGGCAAGAAGCUUCAGCUGGGAGACAAGCUGACGGAUCAGAACUAUAACGCAGCAGCUGGUAGCUCGCUCACGAUGGAGGUGAAGCUGCAGCACACACAUGACAAGAGCCCGAUUGUGGCGCAUCAGGCUUUCCUCCGCUUUACGCACGCUUUGACCGCGACAAACGCGUACUUCGUGCUGACGGCCGACUCGGCUCAGAUCCAUCGCGUGACGCUUCAGUUUGCCACGCUAAGCAAGAAGUUUGGCUACAACUCGGGCGCGUACCACGUAGAGCUCAUUUUGGGCUCGUCUGCGUUCGAGAAGGCGAUCGUGUGGGAUCUGGGCAACGUAGAGCUGCAGCUCGGUGCCGCUCCUCCUGAGACGCCCUCUCCGCUUUACAAAAAGCAUCUGCUGUACGAGAGUGACACGACACUGAAGGCGCUGCCUGAGAUUCAGCACGUCAUGCGUCAAGAGGAUCCCCGGCCGCCCAUGGCGGUGUCCCUGCUCUUCACGGGUGCUGUGCUAGUUCCUCUGGUAUCUUUCUUGCUGUUUGUGUCGCGUCUUGGGCUCAAUAUUGAGCGUUUGUUCGAAAGCUCUGUCGUCGCCUAUGGCUGUGUGUUCCUGGCGUCGUUGGGCUGCAUCUUGGCGCUUUUCGGCUGCUACUGGUUCAAGUUGACCAUGUUCCGGACUUUGGGCGUCCUGAGUGUGCUGGGCUUUGUGAACUUUUGGUCUGGUCACUUGACGCUCAAGCGCCUUGCUGAGAAACGUGUCAGGAAGUCUACCAAGGUGGACUAG